AUGUUACCACCACCUUAUCACCUUAUGUCUCUAGAUCUUAACCAAGAUCAAAACCAUAAUCAUCUUUCUUCUUCUUCUUCUUCAUUUUCUUCUCCAUCUUCCUCUUAUCCUAACCCGCCAGAUCAAGUUCGAGAAGAACCGUCUUAUUACUUCGAAGCAAAGCAUGAUCAUGAAGAGGUUGAGAAGAUUAUUCCAUCAAGUGGAUCAUGGAAUUCUUCAACUCCGGAGAACCACGGGAGCGGCCGAAGUAAACACAAGCUAACGAUUCGUUGGAAGAAAGAAGAAACUAGCACCGAUGAAACUCAUGAUGAUCGGGAGGAUGGUACUUCAAUGAAGUGGAUGUCAUCAAAGAUGAGAAUAAUGAAGAAGAUGAUGGUUUCUGAUCCUCAAACCGGCGAUAUUAAGCCGAUUAAGUUUGAAGAUCAACAACAAGGAACCGAUAACAGCAGCAGCAACAACAGCAACAACAAUUACUCGACUCAUCUCAGCUAUAAUAAUAGCCCUACUAUUAGGGUUUGUUCUGAUUGCAACACCACUAAGACCCCUCUCUGGAGAAGUGGACCAAGAGGCCCCAAGUCACUUUGCAACGCGUGUGGGAUUAGACAAAGGAAGGCGAGGCGUGCUAUGGCAUUGGCUGCAGCGUCUGAAAACGGAACAACAAUUGCUGAUCACGAGACAUCUUCUGCGAAGAGAAAAAAGUUGCAGAAGAAAAAAGAGAAUAAGUCCAAAAUUGAGUUUGAACGUUCACCACACAUGAAAAAGAAACGCAAGGUUGAAGCAUCAAAACCGUCUCAAAUUAGUCGAAACAAGUUCAUCACUUUCGAGGAUUUGAGAUUAAGCUUGAGCCAGAAUUUGUCUGUUCAACAAGUUUUUCCUCAGGAUGAGAAGGAAGCUGCGAUCCUUCUCAUGGCUUUAUCUUAUGGACUAGUCCAUGGUUGA